UCUCCCUUGAACAGCCUCCCCGAGUCACGACUGAAUCCCGCACCGGACGACUAUGCGGCGCCAAGCUUUGCGGAUAAAGCAGAAUUGACGCUUUAUGCUGGUCGUGGAGGCAACGGUUGCGUCUCCUUCCAGCGAGAGGCGUUUCUCCCUGACGGUCCUCCCAAUGGCGGCGAUGGCGGCAUCGGGGGCAAUGUCUAUAUCCAAGCCGCGCAUGGUGAAACCUCACUGCAUAAAUUAGCCCGCAGACGUUUUGUUCGUGCCGGGCGCGGAAGGCACGGGCAGGGAAGUGGAAAGGGAGGCAUGCGAGGAGAGGACGUUGUCAUUACCGUUCCCGUGGGCACAAUCGUCCAGGAGAUUGAGCGCCAUGACCCAGCUGCCGAGGAGGAGAUGGCCAUGAAGGCAUACAAUGCCCUAAAGAAACAGAGGCGGCGCGAGCUUUUGGCUCAGCAGCAACUGGAAUCACAGUUGAAAGCAGAAGAGGAGGCAGAAGAAGAAGAAGACGCCAUGGAUGAGCGACGCUCAAAGAAAUACAGUCCCGAGGACGACUACGAUCCAGACGCCGAUGAUCCGGAGCGGGAGAAGUGGCUUCUCUAUCCUGGCAUGUCCAAAAACGACAUGAAAUCAGCAGAAUUUCCCAAGCUGCCCAAGCGGACUCGCUUCUUCCAGCAGCCUGCUGCGCCAGUCUAUCUCGACCUCUCCAGACCAACGCCCACGCCUAUUCUGCUAGCCGCAGGCGGCAUCAACGGUCUCGGAAACCCUCAUUUCACUUCGAGAAAUCACCCCCGACCAGUCUUCGCCACCAAGGGCGAUGAAGCCGUGACUAUGAAAAUCUCCUUAGAGCUCAAGCUGCUGGCCGAUGUAGGUCUGGUGGGUUUGCCCAAUGCCGGCAAAAGCACUCUCCUGCGAGCUCUCACCAACAGUCGCACGCGGGUCGGCAACUGGGCUUUCACAACUCUUCAACCCAACAUCGGCACCGUCGUUUUGGACAGAUACUCUGGCCAUCCCAGCGUCAAACCGCGCCGCCACCGUUACCCAUCUUCAUCUCAGGAAGCUAGCACCGACGAAUCCGCCCUGGGAGAGCCGCGGACACGGUUCAGUGUGGCAGACAUCCCAGGUCUCAUCGAAGGAGCUCAUCUUGAUCGCGGCCUCGGCAUAGCCUUCCUCCGCCACGUCGAGCGCGCAGGUGUCCUCGCAUUCGUCAUCGACCUCAGCGCCGGCAAUGCCGUCAAGGCCCUUCAAUCCCUCUGGCGCGAAGUCAGCCUUUACGCCGAAAUGCGUCAGGAAGAAGAACGUUCUCGCGAAAUCGAGGCCCGAGUCGACUGGGAUCUUGCUUCUCAGGUAACGCGCGGACCCGUCAACCUGAUGGGCGCCUCAUACGGCACUCCGCUGCCCAUGCAGGAAGCACAAACUCGGACGCCGACGCUGCACAUUGCGGGCAAGCCAUGGUUUGUCGUCGCUACUAAGGCGGAUUUAUCGGACACGCAGGACAACUUCCGAGAGCUCAAGACGUAUCUGGAUGAUAUGACGGAGGGGCGAGAGCCGCACCCGAGUGGCGUUGAGGGAGCGUGGACAAACAGCUGUGCGGCUAUUCCGGUCAGUGCGAUU